UCGAUAGAGCCAAAAAACAAUCGAUAGUAGCUAGAACUAAAAAGCAUCGAAACUAUCGAUAGUCUGCAGCUCUAUUUCGAUAUAGACCGCGUGGUUGAUAAACACACGGAUUCAGUUUUUUGUUUCUGUAUAAACGAAUUUUGUUAAUAGAUUGAAUAAAAAUAAUGUCUUUCAACCGUGGUGGGAGUCGUGGAGGAGGUUUUCGUGGUAGUCGUGGCGGUGGUGGACGUGGUGGAGGCGGUGGACGUGGCGGCGGCGGCGGUGGUUUUGGUCGUGGUGGUGGUGGUGGCGGUGGUUUUGGACUAGGUGGUGGAGGCGGCGGCAAUCGCUUUGGUGGCCGUGGGUUUGAUCAAGGACCUCCUGAUCGGGUUAUAUCAUUAGGUCAUUUCAGUUACGCAUGCGAAGACGAUCUUGUUUGCAAGGUAGAAAUUGAAGACGUACCUUAUUUCAACGCACCAAUAUAUUUGGAAAAUAAAGAACAAAUUGGCAAGAUUGAUGAAAUCUUCGGGACGAUACGGGAUUAUUCUGUGACAGUGAAGUUGUCUGAGAAUAUGAAUGCAAAGAGUUUUAAACAGCAACAAAUAUUAUUCAUUGAUCCAGCAAAACUACUACCGAUCGCAAGAUUUUUGCCAAAGCCACCCCAACGGAAGGGCUCUAAGAAAAAGGGUCAAGAUGGUGGAGCAGGUUGUAGUCGCGGCGGUGGUCGAGGUGGAAGCAGGGGUGGUGGGUUUGGAAGAGGCGGCGGAGGUGGAAAUGGAGGCGGUGGUCGUGGUGGUUUUAACAGAGGAGGUGGUGGAGGAGGUGGAGGAUUUAAAAGAGGAGGUGGUGGUCGAGGUGGCGGACGUGGUCGGUGGUAGCACUGACUAAAUAUAUACCCAUAACUUUAUGAUUCGUUAUAAAUUAGACAAUAAAAAUAGUUUUUAUUCUACCAAUACGAA